GUGCCAGUGUAAACCAAAAUGGCGAGCAUAACGAUAGGUCGUGACAGCCCUCGGCGUGUUUCGCUCGUGUUCUCAGAUUUCUAAACGGGACGUGCGCGGGUAUGUGAUUCACGUGACAUAUCUAACUACGAACGGUGAGUGAAGAAUAAUGAUCUAUUCGUGGGAAACAGCGAUACACGAUUAUUUCGGAUUUCUUCGAUGGGAUCGACACCCUUCUGUUUUCGACGGACAGUUACGGGGUGACACUGACGUUACUGCUUGAAUAUAACUGCCCCUUUGGUUGUCCGUCCACCGGAAUCUUUUUUCUCUCUAACACCGAAUGUCUGCUACCUGUAUUAACACGAACAACGGAGGAAUAUCUCUUACCUGGGUACACACAGAUGACGCGAUGACGUUGCAUUGGUGGAUGCACUGGUUCUGGGUUACCGCUCAAUUUCUCGUGAUCUUAGGAAACCCGGUGCCGUCGAGCACGUCGGAGCCGCGUAGCCAGGUGCAGGAUCGCCUGAGCUCCGAAUCGACGCCCGACAUCGCCUCGAUCGACACGGAUAGUCCGGAAGCUAGACAAAACUUGCGCGUUGCCAAAGCAAUCGGUCUUCAUCCUCCCACCAACGCGGCCGUCAUCUUCGACAGACAAUCCAGCACGAUUUCGAGUAACAUGGAGGUCGGACUGAGCGUUGUCGAAACGAGCACAGAGCUGGUAGACGAAGAGUAUCACGGGAACGUCAGCAACGCGGUGAACCUGGACACGGUUAAAGUUUUAACAGCUGAACGCGCGACGGAGAGCACGGACAGAGCACGAGGUCCUUCUACGAAAAAGGACAGCAAGAUCACCUGGAUCCUAACGACGAACAAGGCUGGAGUUAGAUCGAAGUACGAGCAGGAAGAGAAAGUGGAGGAAAAUGGGAAUCGGAACGGCAGUAACGACCAGGUGGAGGAUCUCACGGUGCUACCACUUCAGGAAGAGGUGUCUAGAAUCAGGCUGGUACUGAACAAAACGAAAUCGUCGUCGUUUCUAUCCUCCUCUUCCUCGUCUCUUUCCGCGUCCGUCGGAAGUUCCGGUAUCAAGACGUUCAAUCGGUCGGACGACGUUGAGAUCGACGAGGAGUUGGUCGAGCCUCAACUGUUCGCCACAGCUGCAUCGAUUCUCGAAGUAGGAGUAAGCGAAUCCACACGACUGAGUAGAGCGAGGAGCGCGUUCCCGAAGGAUUUUCAAAGGGAUCAGGUACAGGAAGAGCAGCUUACCGAUUACAAUGAAAGCAGUAGCGAAGACGCGAAGCAAGAAGGUGGUGCAUCGGGAUCGACGGUGGACAUUGCCGCUAUUACCGGCAGCUGUUUAGCGACCGUGGUUCUACUAAGCACGAUGGGCAGCCUCGGAUUCAUUAUGUACAGGCGCAGGUACCUGAACCCACCGCAGACGCUGAACAGCGAUAAAUGCAGUAAUCCAGAUAGUUCCGGUUAUAUCGAUGAUUCCACUAUUCGUGAUAACUCGGAGGAGAUGUACAGCUUGGAUAACGACUCGUUCCUAAAUUCGUUAGAAGCGAUGACAAUACAAAAUUACUGGACCGACAGCGUGAAGCAUACGAAGCUAUGACAAAAGAGGAUAAUCCAGUCCGGAAAGAGAAUGGAAACGUUCAGUAUUUCCGACGGUGAAGCGCACGAACAAAUAUCGUUGUUGGAGCAGUAGUACUUACACGGCGCGUAUCGAACGAAGAUAAAGGAAGAGUGAAUUUUUUAACGUAGCCGUUCAGACACGCAGGGAGACACCGUUGUUUAUUUCCAUUAAGCGAUGUCGCUGAUCGUUAGCGAGCCGCGUACAAAAAAUAAGUGAACAAAAUGGUUUUAAACGUUUACGCAGACUUUUUAGGUAAUCUCCGUCGAUUUUGCGGUUUCUUAAAGAAGAUUGACGACGUGUCAAAAUUGUUUGGCGCGCGACUAUUUUUAUACAUAUUCGUGCUAUACAUCGUACGCGUAAACAUUUUUUGGUUUAGACGAGGUACGUGUACGACGUAUAACGCGGUGUAUACAACGUAUAUCGUGCGUAUAGUCAAAUUUUGAUCACGUCACUUGCAUCGUUCCCUAUAUUUUUCUACCGCUAAUACAAUUGGCAGAAAAUCGGUUUAGAGAGUGAAAGCGACGUAUCGCUUUUAGUUGGACUGCAGUAAUCGGAUAGUGCAAUAAAAUAUGUACUUUAUCAACGCGAUAAUUAAUGUUACAUUUUUAGGACAGUAAGUACAAAUGAAUUAAAAAACCAUUAAUUUUUAGCUAGACGUAUUAGGGAGUGCGAAAAGUAAUUUAAUACAAAUGAAUUCCUACGAAUCGCCAGAGAGAUACUUCCGUACUAAACGCACUGUGAAUUUCAAUUUAUACAUACACAUACAAAACCAUACCUGUGUUUGUCUUUUUAAUUCGGGAGUCGAGCUUGGAACGUUUCGCAGUCUUCGAACUUUAAAAAGAGAUCAAACACGGUUCUAAUACCUAGAGUAAUAGAGAUCAAACUAAUCGCUUAGCGUACACGAUCAGCUUUAAAUAUUUUCGAAACAGGAUCGGGCUAACAAACAAGAUUGGACCAAAUACAAUACCGUAGUUUGUAGCUUUACGCCUUUAUAACAUAUCCAGCAAAAGGACAUGAGAAGAUUUCAUUCGUGUUUUCCACUGCACUUCUAGCUUGUAUAUAUCUAUGUACACAUGUACAUGUACUAUACAAUAAUUGCAAGUAUAUCUAUUAUGUAUAGACAUGCGAACUCCGUGGCGAUUUCUCGCCAUCUUCCAAAUACGAUUUACGUUUCAGUAAAAGUUAGCACUUGUUUGUUCAAAUAUAUUUCUAUACGAGUCUCGCGCAGAGGAGGAAGAAAAUUUAUUGUGAUAGAUUAUAGCGUUUAAUAAAUGUAAAAUUAUCACUGAUUCA